GUGUGGGAUCGUUCACUUCUUCUGUCGCCACACCAAAACAUUAUCAACCGCUAGGGUUAUCGAAUCGACCCAGCGGCGGGGGGUAAGACAAUAAGAUGGCGGCGGCGGCGGCGGAGGAGGAGGGGGAAGAAAACCUGAUGCCGCAAGAGGAGGGGAUGGUGGCGCUGCGUAGUCAGGAGGGCGUGGAUUUCGUGGUUCCCUCAGAGGAGGCGAGGCUGUCCAUGUUCUUACAUCGUAGGAUCGAGCUUGACCCCGACAACUACUUCGUCCCCGCCGACGGCGACGAGACCAAGUACACCCCCAUCUUGCUCCGCUCCAUCCGAGCCGAGGUCCUAUCCAAGGUUUUGGAGUACUGCAAACAGUCCUAUGCCUCCUGCCGCUGGGACGGCGCCCACCAUCUCAACCACAAUGAGACGCUCUAUGAUCUCAUCCUGGCUUCGGACUAUCUUGAAGUCCAUCGACUCCUUGACCUAUCGUGCCAGACCCUUGCCAAUAAGAUCAAGGGGAAGUCACCCCGUGAGAUAGGUAAUAUCCUCAACAUCACGGGUGUCUUUGCUCCCGAAUUAAAUGAAGAGCAUUCAAGUAGGUGUUGCACUACCAACAUGGUUACAGCGGCCAUGGAAGUCAUCUCCAAGAAGAAGCCAUCUGUGAACCAAGAGCUCAAAUUGGCGGAGAAGGCGUUGCAGGCUCUUGACGUAGUUCGUCGCCAAGAGUUCACCGCAUACGACCCCGUGCUCAGGCGUCUUAAACGCAAUCGAGUUGACAUCUUCAACCUAGCCUUCUUUGACAUUUAUAAAGAGACUAGCUUUUCUCGUGGUCCACAACUUCACAAGAUAACACCAAUGCAUGAGUCAGUUGUGCGAUCUUGUGUCAAUGUAAUUUACAUUAAGGUACGCGAAUCGGACGUCGGCUUUCCAAUCAACAUAUUUGGUACCAUUAUUGCAAGGGAUCAAGUCGACUAUAGAUGUGUCUAUCUGUUUAGGCGUGAAAUGGAUGAUCCCCAAUUCAUCAGCUCGGCGGAUGAUAUGUUAUCUUUAAUGGAUCCAUGCCGAGGGCUUGUUCCGGAAGAUAAAGUUUAUUUUGAGGUCGAUUUAAAGAUCAAGUGUGAUGGAGGCAUGAUUAAAGAUUUUAGCAAAGGUGUGGGAGUUUUUGAUUGGAUCCGGCUCUAUCCAGGCAAGGAGAGAUUGACUUUCGGUGUAUAUAGUCAUAUAAGCACCGUGGAAUUUUUAUGUGAGCAAGUUUACAGUCCCGUGGAAGCUACCAUUGCAAUCAAUAUUUUGAAAGGGUCGUGCAGUAUCUCAAGAGUAGUUGCUUCGACUCCUGGAAACUUUAAGGACCAUAUCAUUCUAUACGAAGCAGCAUGCAGCCCGAUAGUAAUCGAAAGUGGUGGCUCUGUUCCUUUAACUCGUCGCGUGGUAGCUGUCUCACUGGAUCACAAGUUGGCGCUCUUCAUUGUUGGUGGUGACGUGCUUGAACACCUUGCCCUCACUCUAGGUCAUUCUCAUGAAGUGGUCAAUCGGAGGAUGGGUUGCGCCGAAUUGGAGGUGAAAGUUGCUUGGACAUCCGUCCCGGUCGAAGCUCAUUUCUUCCUCAUCAUCCGGAACCUUGCUUUUCGUUACUUCUACCGGCGACGAGCUGAUUGCGGGGGUACUGUCGUCUCCUACCUCUGGCUGCUGGAAUUUUCGAAUGGAAAAGGCGCCGAGCUUGGGAAGAGACGAUUCUAUGAAGCCAAGGUCUGUCGGUGGGACAUGGUGUUCUUGAUGCAGCCAAUUAGGAGAUGCAUCAUGCUGGAGGAGGUAACUGACAGUGACGUCCCUAUGGAGCCCCUACCUUACUCGGUGAACACGCCGCCGGCGGGGAUGGAGCAGAAUUUGUGCGGCAGGGGCACCGGCGCCAUGCAAGAGGGAGUACUCGCCACAAGCUUCGACGGGCAGAUUUGUGCGGCAGGGGCACCGGCGCCAUGCAAGAGGGAGUACUCGCCACAAGCUUCCACAGUUGGUAGGAAAUAUGGAUCCUACAGCUCCAGGAUGGACCAACAGGUGUCAGAACAUAAUUAAGCAACUUUGGUUUGGCUACGAAUGAUGUGCUGAAUUAGCAAUGCUAAGAGAAUGCAUUCUAUAGGACGAGGUUUCACUAGCAUAAAUAAAAUUUUCUGGUUGCACUACGUGAUCGAAUCCUUACCGGUACUAGUUGGUUGCACCAUGCUUCACGAUGUCAAUACGUGCCUGCUAGGUUGCUACUGGUAGCUUCCAGUUAGUUGUGUUCUUGUGUAUUCUAAGAAUAUAUAUAUUUACUUCCCUUUUUUGUCCAGUUAGUUUUUGAAAUAAUAUACAGAAACAUGCACUAUUAGGUUAUGAAAGUAAUUUUAAUAUUUUCUCAAAGUAUUUUUUGUACUUUUUCUCAAUUGUUAAUCUCUCUGCAUAACCUAUGUGCAUCAUUAGACUGGUUAAGAAAAGGACAGUCAUUUAGCCGAAAGAUCAGAAUUUUAUUUCUCUCUGUAACUACAUUGGAAGUUAAUAGAAUGCUAUCCUUGAACAUGAAACUCUGCUCACUGUUCUGAACAUUUUCAACUUGUGUUCUUUUGUCCCAAUCCCUAAGUUAUCAUGCUUAUGACCUAGGUUAACUGAUAAUGGAUUGAAUUUGUUCUGAAAUCCUUCCAAGUCAUGGUGACAAAGGUUAGUUCGCAUUCAUAUAUAUGCUUUUCAUAUCCUCUGCCUUUUGUUUGAACUAAUUUCAUAUCCUCUGCCUCGUUUGACACAUGUGAGAUGAAAUGUUCGCAUAUUCAAAAACAAAACACAUUUGCUCGCUCAGUCAUAUGUAUUGAUAAUGCUUCUAUUGCCAGUAAUCACAUGCAGUAGGAGGUGACCUGCUUCCAGGAGCACCUCCUGCUUAUGUUUGCAUGUACAUAGUUGCUGCUCUAAUGCUUCAUGGUGGACGGCCUGCCCCUAACCCAAUUGAAGUCUCUGAAUCCGCCCACUGCUUCUCAAUCACAGCGAGGAUCUGCUUCUCAAUCACAGUGCGGAUCAGGGAAGUCCAUGGGCUCCAGUUAUCUAUAUUCCGCAAGACCCAAAAUGAUACUGUAGAUAUUUUUCGAAACGGGAUACUGUAGAUAUUAUAUCCAAGACUUCCAAGUUCCAAGUGACUGGAGACAUGCAUGUAAUAGCUUACUGUGAAAAUCACUCCCGCCUUCAUCCUAACAAGAAAACAUCUGAGGUGCCAAGAUUCAAUCCAACUGU